GAAGAGUCAUUAAUUUAAAAAUCCUCAACAGCUGUUAACGAGACCCAGCUUUAUCUGCAAAGGCCCCGUGACUUUACAAAACCAAAACAGCUUUCUGAAUUUAAGACAGUUUCACUGAAAGCUUUCUCUUUUCCUGGCCUCUGAAAAUCCUGCUGUUACUCUUCUUAACUUUCAAAGCCUUUCUGAAUUCUCCUCACUGUGAUGAUGAAAGAAUUGGCCAGGCUUUGAGAAUUGCAUGGAUGAAAAUGGCUCUUGGAAGGACUCUAAUAAUAACAAUAAUAAGCAAAAUCCAUUGAAACUCCUCUGAUAUAAAGUACAUGUCAGGAUAAUCUGACAUCUCUGGCUGCUUUAAGUACUGAACCAGUUCUCAGAGGACUGAAUUGUUAUAACAAAGGUUUCCAGGGCCUCAUUUUAGCCCAGUAAAAACUAAAAUUUUCCAACUCAGCAAUGCAUCCUUCAUUGUCAGAGCGAUGAUGAGAUGGGUGCUAUCACUGGGAGCUCACUGCUGCUUUCCAAUGGGCCUUUGUUGUGCUGGGACAAAGACUGAUUGAUAAAUUGCCUAUAAAAAGUGGCUUUGGGAUAUUAUUUAAUUGUCAGUGAAGUCUCUAUGUACUCACAGUUAUGUCCUUCCUCACAACACCUGCAGCACAAUCAAUUGUCAGUUCCUGGCUCCCUGGAGCACUGCACAGGCAGAGAUAGAGGCACUGAGCUGGGGAGAGGACUGCAAUUAAUCAGCCAUGCCUUGGAGAAGAAACAAAAAGGAUAAAGAAGAGCAAAGAGCAGCACUGACACUGGAAAGCUGCCAUCAGAAGGCUGGCAGUGAUGGUGAGAGCAUAGGAAACUGCCCCUUCUCCCAGAGGCUCUUCAUGAUCCUGUGGCUCAAGGGAGUCGUGUUCAGUGUCACAACAGUGGACCUGAAGAGGAAACCAGCAGACCUUCAGAACCUGGCUCCAGGCACUCACCCCCCCUUCAUCACAUACAAUGGGGAAGUGAGGACAGAUGUGAACAAGAUUGAAGAGUUCCUGGAAGAUGUUCUGGCCCCACCCAAGUACCUGAAACUCUCACCAAAGCAUCCAGAAUCCAACACUGCUGGGAUGGAUAUAUUUGCCAAAUUCUCUGCUUUUAUCAAGAACUCUAGACCAGAAGCUAAUGAAGCCUUAGAGCGUGGCCUCCUGAAAACCCUGCAGAAGCUGGAUGAGUACCUGAACUCCCCCCUGCCUGACGAGAUCGAUGAGAACAGCCUGGAGGAUGUCACCGUCUCCACCCGCAGGUUCCUGGAUGGCAACGAGAUGACCUUGGCCGACUGCAACCUGCUGCCCAAACUGCACAUUGUCAAGGUGGUGGCCAAAAAAUACCGCAACUUUGAGAUUCCCAAGGAGAUGACAGGGAUCUGGAGAUACCUGACAAAUGCUUACAGCAGGGAUGAGUUCACCAACACCUGUCCUGGAGACAAGGAGAUUGAAAUAGCUUACAGUGAUGUAGCCAAGAGACUCACCAAGUAAGCAGCACUUGCAAAGGAUGAGGUCCUGCAUAUCCCGUAACAAUGCUUCUAACAGACUGCUCUUUUCAUAUCAAUAGCAAUUGUUUUUUGCAUGAACUCCCAGUUACUCCAAGUCACGUGGAUAGACCAGGUACAGUAAUUACCUAAAGUUUGCAGACUUAAUUACAGGCUUGUUUUUCCUGACCUCCUCUCACAGCCUUUGCAAAUGAUCGAUGCACUCGUGCUCCUGUGGCACUGGGUGACUCUGGAUUCCUCAGUGUGAGGGGUUGGCUCGCCCCUGCUGCUUUUCUCUGUAAACAUUUGGUCCAUGAUUUGGCCAGGAAUUGGUUUAGGAUCCUGUCUCACUGUAUGGUACAAGGAAUAUUUAUGUAUUUUGGAAUUUAUUGCUUUUCCAGAAGACCUGUACACACCUGUCAUGCCUGUGACACGUUGAACUGUACCUGCUUGUCUAUCCUAUUUACAUAGAGAAGGGAACUUAGUAUCCAAAAGAGCCAUUUGCAAAAUAUUUGGCAAUGUUUUGUUGGUUUGUUUUGUUGUAUUUUUAAAAGAAUCUCUUGGAUUUGAAUUCAUGAUAAUGGUUGAGAAUGGACUCAAUGUGAACCUUGGAUUUGAAUGACCUCAGCAUCAGGGAAGUUUGAAUCCAGGCUUGAGAGCUGGGCCAGGAAGCUCAAAGCUCAGAGUUGAUGUUUAUUGCAUCUUCAAGAACUUGAGGAUAUUGAAACACCUGCAUUGUAUGAAUUUUGAGUUGCAGCAGACAAAUAAUUGUCAGGAUUUUCCAUCAGGAAACAGCAGAGUUGGAAGCUGCCCUCUGUUCACCUUAAGAAUUGCAAGUGGCUUUCUUUUUGGUAGUUAAGAGCCUUUUUGUUUUGUAUAGGUAUUUUUGGUGAUUUUUACUUAAAAAUCUGUUCUGUCAUAGCCCAAAUCCAUGGAAACUGUAGUGUCCUAACUCUGGGUGGGGAAUAGCAGUGCAAUGAUUAGUGAUGCAAAAUGGACUGAGAGCCAUGAAAUGGGAAUUUUUAAUGCCCUUUCUUCCCUGAAGAAAGCUAAAGUGACCUUUAAAAAGAACAUUUGCCUUAAAUGAUAGUAGGGUUUUUUUUUCCUGAAUGGAAACCUGGGAAUUUUGUAAAGAAAUGGUGGUGGAAUCCAGUCCUUUCCAUUGAAUUGAUCCACUUGUUUCUGUGCACCUGGACUGCAGUUUUGCAUACUCAUAAUCAUUGCACUACUAUACUUAAAUCUUUUUACAGCAACGCUGAGGAAUAGCACUACAAUUUUUUUAAAAGCAAUUUUCAAAUGUUUCUAAACCAGGGAAUAGUUUUCUUGUUUAAAAUUAAUGGUUUUGAUGCACGAAAUAAACUGCUAGGUUAUUUUUAAAAGACCAUCAUAAACAACUCCAAAGAAUGCUAGACUUAUAUGCCUAUUUUUUUUGUAAAGAUACUUUUAUAUUUAACUGAUUUUAGAAGCUGGAAAGUGCUAUUCCUGCUAGGUUGUUCUUGGAAUAUUUAACAUUCUGCAAUAACGUGGAAAUGCUCACAUGAACACCUUUAUACACUAAUUUUUUUCUUUUUUUUUUUUUUUUUGGUAAAGCACUGGCUUUCUGGAAAGCAGCCUGACUUUUCUAAGCAUCCUGCUUUUGCUACUUUAUGUACCAUGGAGUUAGCUGGACAUAGGAGAGGUAGAGAGCCAGAUCCAUAUUGUGGUGCCUUGCCUUGCCUUCCUAGAGCUGGAAUUCCAAUAUAAAGGCACUUAGUAAUCCUGUCACAUCUCUUUCAAAGGCAAUUCUCUUAGACACACUUAACUGAUUUGUUACAGGAACCUUUAGGCACAGAGGGAAAUCCUGGGGAGGGACCUGGUUAGGAGAACCUUGACCCUUUGUUAAUUACUGUCUCUAAUUAAUUACUCUAAUGUCACGUUCCCCUCCUGGAUAAAGUUCCUCAGCCAUAAGAAUCCUCUGUAGGGCUUCAGUCUCUGCUACAACGUGACAUCUAGAAAAAGGAAUGACUUUUUUAUUUAGAUAACAGCAUUUUAACAACACAUAGGGUGAAAAAUCCCCAAACCAACCCUCCUUGGCUUGGUGCUCGUGGCCACCACAGGGUUCACAAAGCUGUAGGAAGCACGUGAUUGUGGGCAUGUCUUUGUGAAGAUUUUAGCUCUCCUUUCAAAAACAGAUCAGGAUGGCCCUUGGAAGUUGUGUUGAUGGGGUUGUGGAGUCAGGCUGUGCUCCCUUUGCCAGGGAACAACCCUGGAGUGGAGAGCACCCCCAGCCAGGAGCUCCUUCAACACCAACUCAGGCUUCUGCUGACAUAAUCCAUCCCCUCUGCUGUUCAGGCAGCCUUCAAACCCUUCCCCUUCAGUGGUUUGGUUGUGUCUGGGAGCUUGUAAACAGCUCCAGCUCUGUCUGUGACAGUGCACUCCUUAUCUCAGCACAGAGCAGCCUUUCCCUCCGAGGUGGGAUUCCAGCAGCACCAGCUUGGCAUGGCAGCUGUCCUGGGUGUCUCUCGGGCUUCCUGCUGCAGUUUUGUUGUGGCAGGAGCUGCCCAGCCCCUCCUGGCUCGGGAGGGAGCAGCAGGCUGGUGCAGAGAGCAGCUCCAGCUCCCUCGGUGAUCCCUGCAGAGCAGCGUCUGCUGUGGGCAGAGCACUUUCAUCUGGCCCCAAUCACCAGCUCCACACUAAUUAAAAAAGCCCUUUCAUAACUAUGUAAAUUCUUGACUUCUGUCAACUUGUUUACAAUCUGAUCUUUAAAUGCAUUUUUAAUUUCAUCAAACAGCAAUUAAUCUACCCCCUGUUUAAAUUUAAAAUGCUGCUUCUAGCCCCUUCUCCAAUUUAAAAACAGCAGUUACCCUUUCAAGUAGGCAUUCCAGUUUGCAAGUUGGUUGCAUGUAUUAGCAUGCUGAAUAACUUACUUUAUUCUCAAGCUGAAAUAUGCUUAAAUUCACAUUAAAACAGGUGAUUUGUGUGUUUCCUGAUCACAAGGGGAAAAUCCAUCACCUGCACCCUGUUUUUGUGUGGGAGAACAGACUAUCCUUGGGUGCAUUUUUUUUUUUUUUUUCCCCUUAACAAAGCUUUCCUUCUUGGGGAGAUCCUUGCUGUGGAAAGGCUGCCUGUGGAACAAGAGGCGUGUGGGACUUGGGGAACAAUUCCAGCCCCUCCACAGCUUCCCUGUCCAUCCCUUCCCUGGGUGUCCCACCAGGCAGCCCCAGCCUUGAGCGUUGCAUUCUCCCAUAAAAUCAGUGUUUUCUCCACACUGGGCAUGUCCAAACUGAUCGAGAGCUCCGUGAUAAGGAGAGAGAUGUAAUCAAAUUUUUAUGCUAAAGCAGCAAAUUAGCAUUUGGUAUCAAAGGAGCACAGACAGGAGUAAAUGGGAGCUGCUGGAGCCAAACCCACUGAUGCCUAUCUGGGUGCAGAACAAAAAGUGGUGAAGUGCAGCCAACUCUGCUGCUCUCCCUUUGCCACUCAGAACCACCUGAACCCAUCCAGAGAAGGCUGUAACCCAAGUGAGAAAUGCUCCAUCUGCCUCAGAACCUGUGCCACCAACUCCUGAGUUUGGUUUCUGGAGGGGGUGGGAGCAGGAUGAGGGAUGGAGACUCCCGAGACAGGACAUCAAGGAUUGGAGCGUGGUUUGCAGAAAUACUUGAAGAGUUGAUACAAUUUGUUGUAGUUUGCUUAUGUCUUUCACUUUCUGGAACAUCUUUUACAGAUAUACCAGUAUACUGCUGGCAGCUAUUGUUAAAUAAAAUUAUAUUUUCACUACCAA